UGUUAUUCUGGAUUUAUUUAAAGGAGCAAAAAGUACAAACUCAUGAAUGUGUACAGUUUCUUCUAUAUUUCGAAUAUAAACUGUAAACUUUAUAGAGCAUGUUUUGCAUUAAGGAUUAUUUAAAUUUAACUUGAGUGUUAAAUGUUGAUACUUUAUCUGUGCCUGUUAAGUAAAAUAGUUGUGUAAACAUAAAGUAAUCAAUGCAUGUAUCUGGACCGACAAUUGCAUUUGAUAAAAUGUACUGCUGGUUAAUGAAUAUAGUAGUGUAUGUAUGAAGACAUAAACGUUCUGCAGAAUAAAUGGAUACAUGUUUCUAACACCCUGGGAAUCUAGCUGACACAUACACUAUGGAGACUGCAUCUAAAGAUGGCGACACUGUGCACUUCAGAUGCUCAGAGUCCGUGAUCACGUGUCAGAUUUGUAUGGACAUAUUUGAAAGUCCAAGAAUUUUACCGUGUCAACAUACCUUCUGUAAGAAAUGUGUCAUUUCGCUUUUAAACAAACACUGUUUAGAUCAUGAAGGAAACACGAAGAAAUCAUCUUUCCCGUGUCCAAACUGUAGAAGAGAGUGUAAAAUACAUCAUCGAAAAGGAAAACACAGCAUAGAUGAACACUUGAAGUGUUUCCCAGAAAGUUUAUUGCUUAAAACAUUUUUAGACUCGAUUGAUGAACAUUCUAGCUGCGAAAAGGAUGAUCAGUGGAGUAAAUUAGACAAUGAUAAUGAUCUUCCCGAAUUGAUUAGUAACGAAAAUGAUGGAUAUGGUGAUAGAAUGUAUAUAUCGCGGCGGGCUGCACGGGUAAUUGAGGAACGUCUAUGGUUUUACUAUUUGUUCAUAAGCACGUUGUCCAGGUUUCUUUUUCAGCCGCAGGUUUAUUUUUGGGGUUCACUUAAUACUAUAAGCAGAUCAGAAUUAGUAAAGCUCAUACAAGAUUUACUUAAAAUACCAAGAAUCAUAAACAAUCCGGAUUUGCAUCAGUAUCAUGUAAAUGAAUAUUUUGAUGCCCCUGACAUUGAUACAACUCUUACAAAUAUACAAAAACAAGAAAGAAGUUUCAAUACAGUUAUUGGAAGGUGGCUAGUGCAGGCUGUAAAUGUAGACACACAGCGAACGUUCAGACAUGCACAGACACAAACUGAAAACAAAUUUAGCAAAUACUUUAGACGUUGUAGACUUAUGAAAUAUCAGUUGCAGAGAUUUAUAUCUUUUAUUCUGAUAAAGAAUACAUCUGUUGUUAUCUGUUUAACUGCGUAUCUGAUACCUCCUCAAACUGAUAUCAAAAUUAUUGACUUUAGCCUUUUCUGGACCAUUCCCUAUAGAAAAAUAAGGUACUGGAAUCUGUCGUUAAAAUUGUUCGACCUUUUGACUUUGCUGUACUUGUAUGGUCAUUCAUUUUACUGGUCAAUAACACUUUUAAUAUUUUUUUAUGCUCUUCUUCUGAUAUUCUUCAAACGAAUAAAAAGCUAUGUUGAUGGCGGCAUUUACAUUGGUAAAAUGUUACCUCUCUUUCCGACAUUUCUCAUCAGUUUGAAUUUAUUGACAAACCUGACGAGAUGUUAUGUUUAUUGCUUCGUUAUAAUACGUCUAGAAAUCUGGAUUUUGAUUAAACUUAUCUUUUUUGAAAUAAUGCCAGAAGCAGCAUUUCCUGUAUGUCUACUAGUGCUAACCCAUUACCAAAAGGAACACCUGUUUUAUCAGUAUGGCCCUUAUAUUAUUCCUAUUUGGUUCUAUGAUUGACAUUAUUCUUCUGUUAAUACAGCAAAAUGAAAUUACGUGAUAAACAAUGGAAAAGAUAUAGUUCGUUAAUGAUUUUGACACACUGCUUGAUUAAAAUCCUUCGACUAGUAAAGUAUGGUGUAUACCAGGAAGCAUGUUUGUAGAUGCAACAAUUUCGUAUCAUUCUUGUCAUAAUUACAUGUACUUCUCAACUUCAACUCAGUUCCUUUUCAUAUAAGUCUGCUUGGCAAUGCACAAGCAUUUGUACUGAAGUAUUUUUCUGAGCUGACAAAUACACAUUUAUGCAAAGUUUCAUUGUGAUAAAUUAAGGAUGAUGGAGCACCCUUAUGUAGUUACAGCUCUUCAAGAAUUAGAAAGCUAGAUAAGGAUAUUUACAAAGCUAUUUGUGGCCUAAAGCAUUGAGUGUACAUUCAGAAAUGUACAGCAGGUUUCUUCCAGAGGUAACACAAUCAUAAACUAUAACGUGCGAAUUUAUACUAGUAAGAAACGUUUGUUUUUGUUCUAUCCGCUUAGAAUGUAGAAAGUAGACAUUAGUAAUUUUUCUACAAAAUAUGAUAGAAAAAAAAGUUUGUACUGUGUUCGUUUAUAUAGUAUGACAUUUGUAUCUUGACACACUGAGAUGCAUAUACAUUUUGCUGAUGUUCGCCAUAUUUAUGAUAACCUAUGUGUGUUUCCUAUUAUGUUUUAAGGGUAUCCAGAAAUAAACUGAUGAACCCAUUUUCAUUAACAGCAUGUUUACGGUAUUCUUUGUCUUUUUUAAAAUUUGGUAAAAAAACCUGAAGAGAUGUUAUAUUUAUUGCAUUGCUAUUACGUAUAAGGCUCGACAUAUGGAAUUUGACUAUUUAUUAUAUACCUUUAUAAAUUCUGUAAAAAAUUGGCUUGAAUUUCACAAUUAAAUAUGAACAGACAAACAAAAAUUCCGUAUUGUACCUUCCGUAUUGUAUGCUGCCGGACUUUUUUCGUUAAUAUGCAUAACCUGUCACAGUUCUAUAAAUAGCGCACAUAAAAACUUCACUAAGUUCCAUUUAAUAUCGAUAAACAUUGAAGAUUUCGUUCAAGAACAAAACAAGAAUGAAAAUGGUAAAGGUAUAUAAUAAAAGGGUCAUUAUAGAUCCGACCUGGCAAAAUCCACUCGAGCCGAAUACUGCAUCCCAGAUGAAGCUACUGUUAUAAUAACCCUGUAAACCUGCUCUUUUUCUGAAAUUAUCCAAGAUUUUGUCUUUGUAGUAUUUCUAGUUGUGCUAUAAUGCAUCUGUUGUUUUUACGUAUGACUACACAAUUAUGAAUGUCAAAGCGUCUUAAAUUAAAAAUAUUAUUUUAUUCAUAAAUACAGUUUAGGUUUAAGGCGAUUAAAACUACAAAAAAAAACUAUUAGAUUACUUUUAAUAUCAAAUGCCCAAGGUAACCUCUAUAAACAAAGACGUGUCAAUGUGAACAGUUUUAAUAUAGUAAAGCUGCCUUAAGACGAAUAUUAAAAACCUCUCAGCGAAACUUAGGCCGUCUAACUAACGAGACUCUAUUUUCCCUGGUAUAUUUGGACAAAAAUAAAAAACUUUAUAUAAAUACAAAUGUUGAAUAUCGAUCCUGACACUUUAUUCAGUUUUUCAUACAAUUUAACGUCGAUCUUCCGUGCGCCUAGCUUUACAAUAGUCUUUUCAGUAUAUAAUCAACGGUAAUAUCGAUCACUAUUUGUAAAAAAAAAAGCAACCAUGAAACGAUAUUUGUAGGAUACAUGGAAAAAGGAAGCCUAGGGUAAAGUAAUAUAUAUAAUAAAUGGGCCAUUCCAUGAGCAAACCUGUAUUACUAUUGUAUAAUUAAUAGUGUAAAAUACUGGAAAGUCGCUGUUUAUGUUGCUGCAGAAUUUAGAAACUAAUAUAAUUGUAAUUCUGUAUCUAAGACAAAUCAAAUUCUACCAUUUUUUUCAUAUAAAUGUUGUUUCUGUUGUCAUGGCAACGGAAAUUCCAAAGCACCCAUGCGUCAUGAAAAUAUACAGGUGUAUAGAUAAAAGGCUACUGAUGAAACUAAAAAUAUACGGUUAAGUUAUUUUUCAGUAAAAUCGCUUUAAACUGUUCCUAAAUAUUCAAAUGUAUGAUGUUAAGUAAGUGUUACGCAUAAUUUGUUCCAUUAAUGACUUGAAAAAUACACACCAUGCACAACGACGUCCUUCUGCUUUCAUGACGUUCUUAAAAGAAGAAAAGUGAAGAUAAUCACUUCAAAUUUUCGGAUUUGAAAGAUAAAAGAAUGUUCUUCACGAAUAUGUUAUUAUCUCAAUUUUGAAUUUUUUGUCACUAAUACAGGUUUUCUCGUGGGACGCCCCACAUAUAUAUAUAUUAAGGCUCCAUUGUGUGUAUUCAGAUCGUCAGUAAAAACUACGACUGCCA